CUAAACCACAUUUACUAAACAACGCAACAACCACUCAUUUAAAAAAUCUGUAUAUGUUCCAAUAUUGUAUCCUAUGAUGCACAAAAAAGGAUCAAACAGCAUAUUUUGGAAACUUCUUAUACUGUAAACUUGUUAAGAAAAGAAAAAGAAAACUUUUCAGAUCAGAGAUGGAUGGCAAUUCAUUGGUUAACAUCCCAGAAGUGCUUCUUGGUUCUAGCGGUCCUAGAUUGCCACUACUGGGCAUGGGAACAGCAACUUCUCCUCUAGUAGGUUCAGAUGAAAUUAAAACAGCGAUUCUCCAAGCAAUCGAGCUUGGUUAUAGACACUUCGAUACAGCCACAUUAUAUCGAACAGAGGAGCCACUCGGUGAAGCCAUUAUUGAAGCAUUAUCUCGUGGCCUAAUAAAAUCCAGAGAGGAGCUCUUCAUCACCUCCAAGCUAUGGUGCAGCGAUGCUCACAGUAAUCUUGUUAUUCCUGCCCUUCAGAAGAGUCUCAAGGCUCUUCAGUUGGAGUACCUUGAUCUUUAUCUGAUCCAUUGGCCUGUGAGCUCGAGACCAGGGAUCUAUGAGUUCCCAAUAAAGAAGGAAGAUUUUUUACCAAUGGACUUUAAAGGUGUAUGGGCAGCUAUGGAAGAGUGCCAUAAACUUGGCCUUACCAAAUCCAUUGGUGUGAGCAAUUUCUCCUGUAAAAAGCUGUCAGACCUUCUUGCCAUGGCAGAGGUACCUCCAGCAAUUAAUCAAGUAGAGAUAAACCCACUAUGGCAACAAAAGAAGCAAAUGGAGUUCUGCAAGGCCAAUGGAAUUGUUUUGACUGCUUAUGCUCCUUUAGGAGGAACCAUUUGGGGUAGCAACAGGGUUAUGGAGAAUGAAGUGCUCAAGGAGAUCGCAAAUGCUAAAAAAAAGAGUGUUGCUCAGAUCUGCCUGAGGUGGGCAUAUGAACAAGGAGUAUGCAUAUUGGUGAAGAGUUUCCACAGUGAAAGGAUGAAAGAAAACCUUGACAUAUUCAACUGGACAUUGAGUGAGGAAGAAUUAAAGAAAAUCAGUGAGAUUCCUCAGAGCAGAGGAUCCAGCGGAGUAGACUACAUCUCAGAUAAAGGCCCUUUCAAGACACUUGAGGAACUAUGGGAUGGAGAAAUCUGACAGAUACACGUAUACAAGAUGCAACUUUUGUUCCUCAACAUUCUUAUUUCGAUCUAUAAAUUAUUAGUUAGAUUUAACAGUUCUCUAACUUUAGCCCUCCGAUCCAUUUUAUCAUUAUAGAGUUAAAAUCCUAAAUUUGCAAAUCAAAUCAAAUCCUGGAGCCAUUAAUAAUAUAUAUUCCAUUGAAGCCUA